CAGCGGGAUGUCAGGUGGUUGACUCUCUUCCUGUGGCCCUGCAGGUGAUGGCCAAGGUGAUGGAGAUGUACCAGCCCAGUGCUGUGGUUCUUCAGUGCGGUGCAGACUCUCUCUCAGGAGACCGCCUCGGCUGCUUUAACCUCACCAUACGCGGCCAUGCCAAGUGUGUGGAGUACAUCAAGUCCUUCAACCUCCCGAUGCUCAUGCUGGGCGGAGGAGGAUACACCAUCCGCAACGUGGCUCGCUGCUGGACCUACGAGACCGCUGUAGCUCUGGACACAGACAUCCCCGACGAACUGCCAUACAAUGACUACUUUGAGUACUUUGGGCCUGACUUCAAGCUGCACAUCAGCCCCUCCAACAUGACCAACCAGAACACACAGGAGUACAUGGACAAGAUCAAGCAGCGACUGUUUGAGAACCUGCGGAUGCUGCCUCAUGCUCCUGGAGUGCAGAUGCAGGCCAUCCCGGAGGACGCAAUCCCGGACGACACCGUGGACGAGGACACGGAGGAUCCUGACAAACGCUUGUCCAUUCGUGCCACGGACAAGAGGAUAGCCUGUGAUGAAGAGUUCUCCGACUCUGAGGACGAGGGGGAGGGAGGCAGGAAGAACGUGGCCAAUCACAAGAAGGGUGCAAAAAGGCCCCGAGUGGACGAAGACAAGAAGGAAGGAGAGGAGAAGAAGACCGAGAUAAAAGAGGAAGAGAAAACAAAGGACAUCGGCGCUGAGAAGACUGAGUCUAAAAGCAGUGUGAAGACUGAGCAGACCAGCAGUGCCUGAAUUCUUCUUCUUCUACUUCCACAAACACACACAAAACUCAACGGUGCUGUCCCCCCCCCCCCCCAAGGAUCCAACUCUUCACUGAAUCACUGUCGGAAGCAUUAUAUUUAUUAUGACUCUAUUUUCUACUUGUAAAUCUCUUGUGAAUCGUCCCUCCUUGUGCAGCGUAUCAGUGGAUUCCUUGAAUCCAACAUGCUAAUUAUGUCCUUUGAUACCCUGAACCGUGUUAUUCCAAUGUGCUUUAUCUUCUGAAGGAAACCUUGACUUAACUUGUGUGUAGGAAACUGUGGGUGAACCUGUAGAUGAACCUAGAAAGAGUUCAUGUUUAAAUUUCAAUAUUUUGUAUUCGUCAAUAAAACGUUUAUACUGUUUC